AUGCGUUCCCUCCAUGACGCCCUCAACGCAAAUGCCAACACCGACGAGCGCCCCAGUUGUGCGGGCGGGCCCACUCCUCCGCACACGCCCCGCUCCCGCUCCCAACCCCCAUUCGGGGACUAUGGCCGUCGCGGCUCUCUUCCACUGGCGACCCCACGCGCCGAACCAACCCAGCAACAUGUGGAAAAUGGCCCAACCCUGCCCCUAGACACGCUACGCAUACUGGCCGCCUCGGGAGCGGACUUUACCCAUUUCCCGACCGUGUCAUUCCACCCUACUGGUGGAGGGGGAAAGCAUACGGUCAUCCACCGCACCGUCCCAGGCGGCCUAUUCGGACCCGACCUCGCCUCUAGGCUGGUAUCCCACCUCGUCGCCGAACCGCUCCUCUCUCCGUGGUUGAGCCCACGCACCUCGCCCUCUCUUCUUCCGCUAGCCUUUCCCGACAAAGUUACGCCAAGUCGCUCUCGCCCCCAUUCACGCGCAAAUUCAAUCUCGGGGAUCCCAAAGACGCCCAUUACCCAGACCCAGACCCAAUCCCAGACCCAGACCCUGACCCAGACCCAGGCCGGGUCACUCCCAACCACCACGCCCCGCCGUAUGCCUGAAGCGUGGUGGGCCGGCGCGCCGUCCGUGCGCGCAGCAGCCUGGGCCGCUCUGCUCGAUGACGACGUGGACGUUCCCUCCGCUCCGGUCUUGUGGAUUCCAGGAGGGUUUGGAAUCGCGCGCGACUCUUCCACGCCCCGGAACUUGGACUGGAGCAACGAACCAAAGGGAAUGCACACAUUCGCCUUUCUUCCCCCUUUUGAUGAGGACGAGACGGAAACUCUGCGCGCCCUCAUGGAGCCUAGCCCGCGGUCCGGUCGGUCGGGGGCCCCAUCGCCAGAGAAUAUAACCCCGAUCCCCUCCAGUCCGGCAGUUAGCGAACUCUGUCUCGAGCCACGGUCUGUUCCCCCUUCGCCUCUCCCCAGAGUGGACCCGCCGGCGCAGUUCGCCCCGCCGACUCCAGUGUCCUUGCCACAGGCCAAAGCCCAGCCCGUCUCCGUCCCCGUCCCCGUCCCUGCCGCCAAGCCCUCCCAACCUAGACCCCAGCUCCAUGUCCAGACUCAGCCCCAUGUCCAGACUCAGCCCCAAGCCCAGACCCAGUCCAAGCCGCCUACGCCGCUAGGCCUCGCGAGUCCGCCGACCCAGACGCGCCGUAAUACGCUGAGCCUGUUUGGUCUUAGUCCGCGCAAGGCGCGCAAGUAA